AUGUUAUUAUUCCCAUCGUUAUAUUUAAAUUUCAAAAUAAAUUCAUUUAAUUCUGCAGUAACAAGGUUCAUCGAUAAGCUAUACAUUAGACUAAUAUUCAUUAUGAGUGCUAGAUCCAGUAUGGAAAAUAUUGAGACACAUGUCUAUAAGAAUGAAUUGACGGAUAAGGUCGUCGAUAAUGUUAAUACUAAUCGGACCUCUGCAGUAGUUGAGAUUGAUGAUCAGGAUACUAAUGAACCUCCAACUAGUAAAAUAAUGGAGAAUAAAAACAAGAAUCUUAUGAUUAGGAAGACAGAAUUAAUGUCUUCAGUUUGUGAUAAAUGGUAUCAACAUGUACUAUUGAUUUUCUGUGCUUUCGUAUGUGGGUAUGGUUAUGGUUUAGAUGGUAAUAUUCGUUAUAUAUAUACAGGUUAUGCCACUUCAUCGUAUGCUGAACAUUCAUUAUUGUCUACCAUUAAUGUCAUUAAUGCAGUAGUUAGUGCAGUCUCACAGAUUAUGUAUGCUAGAUUAUCUGAUGUCUUUGGUAGAUUAUCUUUAUUCAUUGUGGCAAUAGUGUUAUACGUUGUUGGUACUAUCAUACAAUGUCAAGCAUAUGACGUUCAAAGAUAUGCCGCUGGUGCAAUUUUCUAUAAUGCAGGUUAUGUCGGUGUUCUUUUGGUUUUAUUAUUGAUUUUAUCAGAUUUCUCCUCUUUGAAAUGGAGAUUAUUUUAUCAAUUCGCUCCAACUUGGCCAUUCAUUAUUAAUACAUGGAUCUCCGGUAACAUUACAUCAGCUGCUAACCCUAUCAAGAAUUGGUCAUGGGAUAUCGGUAUGUGGGCUUUUAUCUUUCCAUUAACAUGUAUUCCAAUUAUUUGUUGUUUGUUAUAUUUUAGAUGGAAAGCUGCAAAGACACCCGAAUGGGAAGCUUUGAAGCAUGAAAAGAGUAUGUAUCAAGAAUUUGGGUUGACAUCUACCAUUAAACAAUUGUUUUGGCAAUUAGAUAUUAUUGGUGUCAUUUUGAUGGGUGCUUUCUUGGGUUGUAUCCUUGUCCCAUUAACAUUAGCCGGUGGUACUCAAUCAAAGUGGAAUGAUGGUCGUGUCUUAGGUCCAUUUGUCCUAGGCUUUGUUUUAAUUCCAUUCUUUUCAUUUUGGGAAAUUAAAUACGCCAAAUAUCCAUUAGUGCCAGCUAAAUUAGUCAAGGAUCGUGGUGUUUGGGCCGCCUUAGGUAUCUCUUUCUUGAUCGAUUUCAUUUACUAUAUGGCUGCAGAUUACUUGUACACAGUGUUAAUCAUAUCAGUUAAUGAAUCGGUUAAGUCUGCAACAAGAAUAUCCUCAUUAUCAUCGUUUGUAUCAACCGUGGCAUCACCUUUCUUCUCAUUAAUGUUAACAAGAUUCACAAGAUUAAAGCCAUUCAUCAUUUGUGGUUGUUCUUUGUGGUUCUUAAGUAUGGGGUUAUUAUAUCAUUUCAGAGGUGGUGCCGAGUCGCAUUCCGGUAUUAUCGGUGCCCUUUGUGUAUGGGGUAUAGGUACUGUGUUAUUCACAUAUCCAGUCAAUGUCUCAUGUCAAGCUGCAACUAACCAUGAAAAUAUGGCUACUGUUACUGCAUUGAAUUAUACCCUUUAUAGAAUUGGUUCAGCUGUCGGUGCAGCUGUCUCUGGUGCAAUUUGGACUCAAAAAUUGUAUGGACGAAUCUUAAAGGAAAUGGGUGAUGAAACAUUAGCUAAAGCUGCAUAUUCCUCUCCUUAUACUUUUAUUGUCACAUAUACAUGGGGCACACCGGAGAGACAAGCAAUGGUCGAAGCAUAUCGUUAUAUUCAAAGAUUAGAGACUGUAGUGGCAUUGGUUUUCUGUGUUCCAUUAGUGGCAUUCUCCCUAUGCUUGAGAGACGCUAAAUUGACAGACAGUGUUGCUCAUGACGAUAUUUCAGAAGGUGAAUAUGUUGAUAAGAAAUCUGAUGAUCCAAUUGGUGAAUUCUUUGGUCGUAUGUUCCGGAGAGGUAAGAACGACAAACAUUCUCACAAGAGUGCCACAGAUUCAUCUACUACAACAGACAGUCAUAAGACAGAAUCUUUCGAUGAAAAGAACUCUCUACACAAGGCGUCGAUCAUUAAUAUUCACAUAUAA